AUGACUUCGAAAGAAUUGGAAUUACAAAAACGUAAAACUUAUUUACAAAUUUCGGGCACAGCCUGUUCAAAUUGUCGUAAAACCAGUAGGGAUGUAGGAGUUGAAUCACUUUUUAGAUGCUCACGUUGUCGAAUGUCCGCCUAUUGUUCAAAGUCUUGUCAAAAAGAAGACUUCAGUAAUCAUAAGCAUUUCUGUACAGCAGUUGAAGAACUUCAUAAUUUUGAAGAAGCUUGGUAUUCUUGUAAUGAAGAAUCAGAAUGGAAUAAGCGACAGAUUUAUCAUAUGCAAUUAUUAUCUGCGCCACUUGAUAGAGAGUUGUCGAGUUAUGAGAGAAAUGCGUGGCUACAUCAACCAAAAUGUCAUGUUUGUUUCAGAACUAGCAAAGAUUUACAAAAUUAUCAACUUUUGAUCCCAUGCUCGCAAUGUUUAAUUAUAUUUUGUUGUUCUCAAGAACAUUGGAAACAACAUCGAGAAAAGCAUCUAACUCUUUGUAAAACAUAUCAAUUAAUGAUUAAUUGUGAAAGAAUAAGAUAUCAAGAUACUUCUGAAACUCUAUGGGCUCCUGAAGAAUGGGAUGAAAGUUCUAUUUAUCCACCAUUACCUAAAGAUUGGAAUGGAUAUUUUAAAUGGAGAAAGAAUUCUCAAUUUAUUCAACUUGAUACUUUAUGUAGAGUUAUCACUAAUUCCCUUUCACUACCAUUAACAAUUUUAUCAGCAUUGGAAAGAUUUUAUACUCGGAAUGACUUGCGAUCCCUUGAAGAAAUGGUAAUUCAUAUUAUCGGGGCCAGUCAAUAUGAGAUAUUAGCGUUAAUGACUUUUGAGGAAAUAAUGCAUGUACUCCCAAACUUAAAAACACUUCGAAUCAUUUUGAUUGGAUUGGAAAUGCCACAACAAAAUUCCGGUAUACCAUUAUCAUGUUGUUCGCGUUGUACUGAUGCGAAUCGAAAACGUAUCUGUGCAUUCUAUCCUAUGUCAUAUCAUGAAUAUGGUUAUUCUUCGAAUUAUACAAGCCCUCAUAUUGCGGUAGGAUUCAACAUUGGACUCUAUGAAGAAAAUACUGAACUCUGGAAACCUACAAUUGAAUUUUUAUUGGAAAAAGUAGUUCCCUGUAUAUUGACAUCAUAUUCUAAGGAAGAAGCUACCCAAGAUGUAAAAAUUUUAAAAAGUUGGGGAACAAAAAUUCUUGUAGGAGCAAAAGAAAAUAAAUGGGGAAGCACCAUGCCACUACUUGAACCACAAAAAAUUGACAAAUUCUAUUAUAACAACUUCUUUAAAACCAUUUUUCAAGGUCGUUCUUAA